AUGAAUAAUAACAAUGGUUUCCCUGCAAAUCUUCCAAUUCUUGAUGGCAAGAAUUGGGACCAAUGGUGUGUGAAGAUGAAUGUAAUCUUCAACUAUCAAGAUGUUGAAGAUCUCAUCACCACUCGUUAUGAGCCCCUUGCAGCCAAUGCAACACAGGAUCAGCAAACUGCUUUCAGAGAAAUUGCUGGAGCAAAAACUGCAAAAGCUGCUUGGGAUAUACUUAGCAAUGCCCAUGGUGGACGAGAUAAAGUCAAGAAGGUGAAGCUUCAAUCUCUUCGAAGACAGUAUGAACUGGUGGGCAUGUUGGAUAAAGAAUCCAUUGGUGAGUAUUUUACAAGAUUACAAACUCUGGUAAAUUCAAUGAAAAACUAUGGUGAAGUAAUCUCUGAAGUACAAAUCAUUGAAAAAGUGCUUAGAACCUUGAACCCUGAAUAUGAUCACAUAGUGGUAGCAAUUGAGGAAUCAAAAGACCUGUCUACAAUGUCAGUGAAUGAGUUGCAAAGUUCACUUGAGGCACAUGAACAGAGGUUGCAAGAAAGGAAAGAAAAGAAAGACAACAAAGCUACUCAAGAACAGGCUUUGUAUGCAAAAAAUGGAGGUCAAUGGAAUAAGAAUGGAAAGGGAAAGAAUAAAUGGAAUAAGCAUAAGGCAAAUGCUGAGUUCAGUAAUGAUCACAAUGGUGAUCAAGAUCAACCUGAAUCUUCAAAGAAAGACAGUUUCAUCAAGGGUAAGAAUGGUGGAAAGAAGAGUGACAAGAGCAAGAUUCAAUGCUACAACUGUGAAAAGUGGGGUCACUAUGCUUUUGAGUGCAGAAGCAAGGGAAAGAAGAAGCUCGACAAUGAGGCACAUCAUGCUAGACAACAUGAUUCAGAUUCAGAUGGUUUCCUUCUGAUGAUGACAACAAAUUCAGAAAGUGAUAACUCUAAGCUAUGCAAAGUGAAGUUUGCAUAUGACAGCACUAUAUCAGUAGAAGGCAAAGGCAAAGUGAUGGUUCAGAGGAAGAAUGCUAAUCACACUUUUGUCACUGAUGUGCUGUAUGUACCAUCUAUGAAGCACAACCUGUUGAGUCUUGGACAAUUACUUGAGAAAGGGUUCAAUUACUCCACAAAAGAUCACAACAUUCAAGUAUUUGACCCUCAGAACAAAUUGAUUUUGAAAGCACCAUUGUCAAACAAUAGAACGUUCAAAGUGAAUCUUCAAGCUUCUGCAUUUCAGUGCUUUUCAAGUUUGAUCACUGAAGAUGAGAAAUGGUUGUUGUAA